UUUCAUCCAAAUUAUUGCCGGCAUGUUGUGUCGUUUGUUAAUAACAGUCGACCUCGGUCGGUUAUAGCUUAUAUACGUCGCGACAAAAGCACUCUUUGCCUAGCCUAGCAUUUCGUUUUGCGUUCGUCAUUGUUGUUGGGCGCCAACAAUUCGCCCUAAUAACAAAAUAAUAAGUGAAAACAAAAUGGAAGAUGAGAACGCACAAAAAGUACAAAAACCGUUCAAGAUCUGUAACAACAGUAGGGAAAUCCGUAAAGGAAUCGUGGCCUGUUCGUUAGAAGACCUAACCUCGAAAGUACGCGACAAGUUGGACUUGGUGAGCGAUAAUAAUUUCACGGUAGUACUCGAGGCCGACGGUACCGAAAUUGAUGACGAAGAGUAUUUCGCCACGUUAGACCCCAACACGAGUUUAAUGGUAUUAACGUCUAAUCAGAAGUGGUCGCCGCCGUAUCCGUCAUGUAAGCUGACCAAGGAUAACAAAGAUCAAGUUGACGACGCUAGGGGAGACGAGCUAGCCGGGUUAGUGGGCCGAUUAAAAACAAAUAUAUGCCAUCUGUCCCUUCUAGGUGGACCGGAACUCGAAUUGUUAAGUGAUAUGGACCCGGAGUCGUUGGCCGACCUCACUUAUCCCGAUAAAAUAUUCCUCGAUCAAUUGAAAGAGGCCUCCGGUCGGUUUUUAUGUGAGAAACGACAGGCACAGGACGCCCUCGAUCUGCUCAGAUUGUAUCAGGAAAAAGAGGCGGCCGAAGAGAAGGCGAACUGAGUUUUUCUGAUCCUCCUAUUUCUCUGCACUCGAUGUUUUCCCCCUUUUUAAAAAAUCCUCUUUGUAAUGUGUUUCUCGACACCGGAAGGACUAAAACAAAAGACUGAAGAAAUGCCAAUUAAGCAAUCGAACAUCUUGGCAUCAGAAACAAUGAAUUGCUCAAUAACCAUUCGCACGUAACGGAUUAUGUGGUUCAAACACACACAAUGCUAUUAUAUAGAUUACGCUAUAGUAAACUCAUAUUGUAUCAUGAUCAUAAUAAUAAUAAUAAUAAUUAAUGGAAUUGUAAGAAUUUUUAUGUUUAACUAACUAAUUUAUAUCCAGGAUAUAUAGGAUUAGGUAUGUGAUUAUUAUAAACACGUUUAAUAGAAAAAAUUCACACAGCUGUAAUUUAGUGUCUGUAUCUUUGCAUGCCAUUCAUUCAUAAACAAUCAUUUCAUUA